AUGCCCUUCUCUAUUCCCAUUGAAGAACCUGUUGUAGAACAGAAAAACAAUGAGGAAUCUGAGAAACAACUUCAGAUUCCCAUUGAAGAACCUGUUGUAGAACAGAAAAACAGUGAGGAAUCUGAGAAACAACUUCAGAUUCCCAUUGAAGAACCGGUCGUAGAAAAGAAGAACAGUGAGGAAUCUGAGAAACAACUUCAGAUUCCCAUUGAAGAACCUGUUGUAGAACAGAAAAGCAGUGAGGAAUCUGAGAAACAACUUCAGAUUCCCAUUGAAGAAAUCAUUGUAGAAGAGAACAAUGAAGAAUCGGAGAAACAUCUUCAGGUUCCAAUUGAAGAACCUGUCAUUGAAGAGCAGAAGAGCAAUGAGGAAUCUGAGAAACAUCUUCAGAUUCCCAUUGAAGAAAUCAUUGUAGAAGAGAACAAUGAAGAAUCGGAGAAACAUCUUCAGGAUGAAAAGCCUUCAGAAUCACCGGAGGAAACAUCACAACCUCAGUUUGUUGAUUGUAGAGAAGAACCAUCGGAAAAUGAAGAUGAUGUUUUUUGCUCAGCUGAAUCUGGAAAAUCUGCAGAAACAUCGGAAUCAUCAGAAACAUCAGAACCUCUACAUGGUGAUGAUGACAACGAAUCUUCGACAUUUCUAACAGCUGAAGAUGCUGAAGAUCCUCCAGAGCAAGAGGCACAACCUCUAGUUUGUCACUAUCUGGCAGGAAUUCCAGUGGUUUUUAAAGAUCCAUCAAUCAAUUUUUAUGGCUGGAAGAAACUUGGAGCGGGAGGAUUUGGAACUGUGUUUAAGGUCAUGAAACAGAAGUCGCGGAUCCCCGUGGCCUUAAAAAUCACAGAAAUCGAAAAGAGAGACGCCGAGAAGAUCUGGGAAUUGCAGGAGAUUGAGAUCUUGAAGAAACUCUCGGGUCACAAAAACAUUGUGAAACAUUUCAGCACAAUGAUCUACGUCACUCCAGAAAGAAGCCAAUUAUGGUUCACGAUGGAAUAUUGUAGGGGGGGAUCUUUGAUGAAACUAAUUGAAGGAGCAGUUAAUAACUCCCUCUCAGAGGUCUGUAUCCGGUACAUCGCUAGAGAAGUGCUAGAGGGCUUGCACUACAUGCACCAUAAAUGUGUUGUCCACCGUGAUAUCAAAUCACCGAAUAUCACACUAAACCGUCAUGGGACAUUCAAGAUCAUUGAUUUCGGAUUGGCCGUGCAGUUGGAAAGAAUAGACAAGAAAAUCAUAGGUGCCCGCGGAACUACCUGUUGGAUGGCGCCCGAAGUCAUUGGCUGCAGAUACAACUGGCGACAGACCUACAACUUCAAGUGCGACAUCUGGUCAUUUGGCAUUACCCUCAUAGAGAUGGCAGAUGGACAGUCACCUUACGAGAGAUUCGGCAGGACUAAAGCCAUGGAACACAUUUUCACAGGCGAACCCCCACGUCUCAAACGUGAACACAUGUGGAGCUACGAUUUUGUGGAUUUCUUAGGCCAAUGCCUGAUUAGAUCACCUAAGAAAAGACCAACAGCCACACAACUUCUUGGCCAUCCUUUUAUAAUGGAACAACCAGAGGCUGAUCAGGUCAAAUACGCGUUAACAGAAUAUGCCAAAACCGUUGAAUAAUCCCGCCCUGGACAAUCACAAUCAAGUCUAGAGAAAUGGGAAAGAUCGAAAGAUGUGCCUUUAGUCACCUUUCAUCUGAACUAGAGCUCGUAUCUUAUUUUAUUCAUCCUUCUCAGAGCUACAGUCCAUCUCCCAACCAUCAAGUAAAGGCUACAGUCAUGGAUGAUCCUUUAUGGUAUCCUAGCGAUCCGCAGCCAUGAUGGUUCCAGUCAGGGUCGGACUGGGGGGC